CCUAACGGCUCGGAAACAAAUAUUCAAAGUUUCCAACCAAUAUCCUUUGACCCCAUCAAAGCAACCUUAACUACCAUGAAUUUGUACUUUGACCCAACCUAAAUCUGUAGCCGUUAUAGUCACCCUCUGAACUCAAACGUACACAUUUUAUGUUCAUCUCUUUCAGCCGCCGUUUCUUUGAUUUGUAAGUACCAUGGGAAAUGAUGAACCAAUCCUAAUUGCAAGCGUUUCAAACUCAAGAUGCCAAGAAAUGAAUGAAAUGCCCACUAACACAGCUACUUCUUCUUCUUCUUUAGCUUUCUCUCUAUCUGAUAUAGGAAAGAACGUUGUAGGGAAGAUUGAAAAUGGUUUGGUUUCUUGUUCAUUGAAGAGAAAGAGGCCCCCCAAGAUUGAAAUCCCAAAUGUUCUGCGUGAAAUUUCUACUGAUAUUUUAAAGGGAUGCGCUGCUCAAGGGCAAGCUGAUGGUUCUGUGUGCUUUAAUGAUACUGGGGUGGGUGUUUUUGCCUUAAAGGGCAAGAAAAAGUUCAUGGAAGACGCCCACAAGAUUUUUGCUUCUUCAAAUGGUAAUAAGGGAUUCUUUGGGGUAUAUGAUGGGCAUGGGGGAAGCAAGGCUGCAGAGUUCGUGGCAGAGAAUUUGCAUCUCAAGAUUUUCGAAAUGUUGGAUAGCUCUUCUGGAAACAAAGCAAAAGAAGAGGCUGUUAAGGCAGGGUAUUUAAAAACAGAUGAGGAGUUCUUGAAACAGGGAUUGGGUAGCGGCGCUUGUUGUGUCACCGCUUUGAUUGAAGGAAAGGAGAUGGUAGUUUCAAACUUGGGGGAUUGCAGAGCAGUUCUGUGUAGGGGUGGAAUGGCAGAAGCUCUGACGAUCGAUCAUAGGCCAACGCGAGAGGAUGAGCGAAGAAGGAUUGAGGAUAAAGGUGGAUAUGUUGAGAUUCACCGUGGAACUUGGAGAAUUCAUGGAACUCUUGCAGUUUCACGAAGCAUUGGAGAUGCUCAUCUGAAAGAUUGGGUUAUGGCAGAACCUGAUACAAAGGUUAUAUAUUUGACUCCAGACAUGCAGUAUCUUGUCUUGGCGUCUGAUGGACUCUGGGAAGAGGUUAGCAACCAAGAAGCAGUCGACAUUGUGAUGCAGUCAUGUUCAGGCACCAAGAAACAAUUCAGGAAAUCUUCUCCACAGAAUUCUUGCACAAUUGCCAGUCCUUUGUCCAAAUCACCAAGAGCUUCGGUGGUUAAGUCAAAGAAGAUAUUUCACCAAAUAGGCCAUAAAAUGUCCACCGCUCAACAGAAAAGAAGUGAAGACGAACACUGUUGUGAAAAUGGAAGUCCUCCAUCUAAGUCUCGAAGAAUUUCACUUGUGCAACAAAUGAAGGUAAAGACUCAUUUCCCAAGCAACGAGAAUGAAAUCUUGAUUGAGAAACCGGCUUAUGAUGGGCUUCUGGCUGCUUGCAAGGAGCUUGUUAGCCUUGCUGUGACUAGAGGUAGCUUGGAUGAUAUUACAGUGAUGAUAAUCGAUUUAAAUCAUUUUACAAGUCAAAUCUAGUUAACAUUAAGUUGCUGACCCGAAACACUGUAAGCUAACCACCAGAAAGCUUCACAACUGAUAUAUGUAGAAGCAGCACUCCACAAUCUGCUUAUAUUUCGGUCUCUUAAGCUUGUUUCUUAUUCAACAUUGAGAUUCAAAUGUAUAUUAUCUGUAGUCUGUUAAUUUGCAUUCUAUAGGUUUAAAGUUUCCAAGCUUGU